CACUCCGCCCUCGCAGCGCUGCCUGCUCGGAGCCAGGCAUGGUGGCCCUGGUGGCGGCGUGGCUGCUCCUGUGGGCUGCGGCCUGCGCGCCCCGGGAGCAGGACUUCUACGCCUUCCAGGCGGUCAACAUCCGGGGCAAGCUGGUGUCGCUGGAGAAAUACCGCGGCUCGGUGUCGCUGGUGGUGAACGUGGCCAGCGCGUGCGGCUUCACGGACGGCCACUACCGGGGCCUGCAGCAGCUGCAGAGGGACCUGGGGCCCCGGCACUUCACGGUGCUCGCCUUCCCCUGCAACCAGUUCGGCCAGCAGGAGCCCGACGGCGACCGCGAGAUCGAGAGCUUCGCCCGCCGCACCUACGGCGUUUCCUUCCCCAUGUUCAGCAAGGUCGCGGUCACGGGCACCGGGGCGCACCCGGCCUUCAAGUACCUGACCCAGACUUCUGGGAAGGAGCCCACCUGGAACUUCUGGAAAUACCUAGUGGCCCCAGAUGGAAAAGUAGUAGGGGCUUGGGACCCAACUGUGUCGGUGGAAGAUAUCAGGCCCCAGAUCACAGCACUUGUGAGGAAGCUCAUCUUGAAGAAGCGAGAAGACUUAUAACCACUUUCUCUCCUCUUCCACUAUCCCAUUCCCUACUCUCCCUCCGUCUUCCACCUUGAAUAGGUGACCAAAGCAAACUCAGUGGUGCUCAAUGGUGCUUGGAGGGAGGGCCUAUGGACUCCACUUUUAUCCCACCUUCCCUAUUAUUCCUAAGGGGGAAAUUUUCUAGUAUUUUGGAUUACUUGAGUCUUAGAACAACUUAUCGGAACUCUUGGCCGAUGAGAGCUCUUGACCAAUGAAUCACCAGCCAGUAAGAACCUCUGGCCCGUGAAAACAUGUGGCAAAUAGAAGUAUAUCAAGCAAUAAUCUCCUGCCUAUUAAGAACUCUGUAAAAUGGGACCAUUUCCUACCUCACAGGGCCGUUGUGAGGAUGAGGAUGAAAGAUCUAUUAAAGUGCCUAGGGCAGUGCCAGCUUAUUAGGAGUCAUUCAAUAAUUUUUUUUUGCAUAUAAACCAAAAAAUAGCUUGUAAUCAAUAAAAACUUGUGCCCAACAUGAAUUUCCAGCCAUUGAGAAUCCAGGCCAAAGAUUUAUUUGUUGUUGUAAUUGUUUUCCUCUGUAUUAUUUUUUUAAAUUACAAAAGUAAUGCAUAUAGAUUGUAAAAUAACACAGAAUGAUGUAAAAUAAAAAUGAAGAUAUCCCCCUCCUCAUUUUCUAUAUCUCACUCCCUGGAGGUAAAUAAAUACUGUUAGCAAUUUGGUACAAAGA